AUGGGAACCAUAAGCUACGCUCAGGUUCCUCCAACAGCAGCAACAAUAGCACUCAACGCAUACAUAUAUGGAUUCGGAGGACAUUCAUUGGUGACGCCGCACGCAGCCCUUAAACAACUAUGGUGGACGGAAGAUCGCAUUGACAACAAGGUCACAAGAAAGUUUGUCGUAUCACAGAUCAAGGGAGAAGAGCGAGACUUCUUGGACAGACCGCUCGCAUUCGGCGAGGGAUUGACAGAUGACACCUACAUGGAGUGGAUUCUGGGUAGAGCAAGGCGGUUGUUUCUCAUCCUGGCAGAAAUUGGCGAACCGGAGCAGAUCUUCGGUUUGAUAGACGACUCCCUGGACGAUGACGACCUACCAUUCUCUCUGGAAAGUAUUGUCGACAUGGACCUUUGCGUCGAACCGGACGAGCGAAUGAACAGAAAAUUCUACGCUACUCAAUUCUUGUACCUCCUGCGGCAAUUGAAGCAAGGAGGCCAUAUUGACUAUGGACCUCAAGAACACAUACCUAUGGAGUAUGUACACAAGAUACCGCCGGCUGUCUCGCUUCAGAGCUGGGAUAGGAUACACUUCCCCAAGGAUCAUGAGCAAGUCUUCGUCAGGCGCAAGUUCAUCUUCGGAGGUGCAGACGACAAGGAUGAGUUGAGAGAGAUGUUUACCCAAGAUCUUGCUCAAGCACAAAUGCUGAACCAUCCUCAUGUUGCCCGCGUAUGGGCAUCAUAUACUGCUGGAGACGCUGGCUACGUUCUUUCCGACUUUGUACCAGAACAUACAUUGGCAUCGUUCAUCGCUCACCGCACGCCCUAUCAGUUCAUGCGCGUACCCCAGAUCGAACGACCCGUCAUUCUACUCGAGUGGAUGCACUGCCUAGUUGACGCGCUCGCUAUGUUGCAUCAUCGUGGUGUUCAGCACGGCGCAAUACGACCAUCCAAUAUCCUCGUGGAUCAUGAUAACUGCAUCGCGUUCUCUGAUGUAGGAACGCUUCGUACAUUCCAGCGUGGCAAGAAGUCUGUAAAGAACGAGACCACAGGCUACUCAGCGCCUGAAACAAACCCGGAGGAGAAGGUCCGCGGUGUCCACUUUGCCGACACGUUGAGCAGUCCGAUUGAUGUCAAGCGAGGCUCUAACGACAGCAUCUUUAGUGGCUCUUCAUUGUUCCCUUCGAGUCCACCGAAGAUCUCAAGUUUCGAAAGCGACGUCUUCUCAUUGGGCUGCGUCUAUCUCGAUCUAGUCACAUACAUUGUCAAAGGCAAACUUUCAGACCUGCAGAAGUUCAGA